CUUUUAAUGGCUAUCUACGAAGUGGUUUGAGUUACCUAAGUUUUGUUUGCUACCGGUUAUUUCUUCGCCAAAAAACAAGAAAAAUAUACAACAUAGUUAGUGGACUGUACGCGUAGCGCAAGACGGAGGAUUCAGCUCGGUGAUUACAUCCUUAUUCGAAUGACAGAGACAUGGACAAGUAAGACUUCUUUUGAAGACCAGCGCAUCGGGGGCAGCCGUAAUGUAUGAUGUGUUUUAUUUUCAUGAAGCACGUUUUGAUCUAACCUGCGUCUUGGAGUAUGCUGAUACCGUUGGAGUGUCUACUUAUUCUUAUACUAGCUGAAGACGUGCUUCUUUUGUAGAUCAGGAGUAAGUAAUGAUUGUGGAUGUGAUAUGUACUUUAUUUAACGUCCCCAACAAGAUCGUUAAAUCAAUGCCUUACACUCUUUGGCUUUAAAGUUAUUUAACGUCCCCAGAAUUGUAAUUGUUUGAUUAGUCAGAGUUUAUCUUGACAUAAUAAAUAUCAUAAACAGGAGUGAACUUGAACAAGAUGGAUGCGUCAAAUGCGACUUGCAGCGGAAAUGUGUACGGGGUAACGGACACGGUUCCCCAUCAUGGUUAUUUCUAUCAAAACAUCAAUCCCACUGGACUUUUUGAUGAUCGUGGUGGUGUGGUGGUGAUGUCGCCCGUGGCGACUGGAGGCGGUGCACAAGAACAAGUCUUGCCGCCCUCGCAGUUGCAAUUCGUCGGACCUAACGGAAGCGCGUCCGCUGUUCUGCCUCAACGCGGUUAUAGCGACGCGCACUCAAAUCCGUAUACUUUAGCCACUCCUUAUUUGCAGCACCAAUCUGCGUCCGAGAUUCCAAGUCGUGGCCAAGUUGGGUCUUUUCCCCUGUGCAUUCCUCCGCCAUUUCCGCCCGCACUACAAAAGCAUCAGCAAAACCAAGAACCCACUUCGCACAACUUGUUUCAUCAAACGCAAGUCGGGACCCAAACCGGCGAGCCAACGACUUACACGAUUCAAGAUCCGGCGAGCAAUAGAGCUGUAGCGCACCCUAAUGCAACUGAUCAGUGUAGGAUGAACAUGAAAGCGAUGGCGAUCUCGUCGAUUAUGCGUAGUGCACCAGGGCAUUUUGUGAUUAGAGCACCGAAGCAGAACAUCGACUAUGAGGCUUUGCGGUCCGUGUACAUUCCUGCGUGGAAGGACAUCAUCCAACAGGACAUGUCUGCGAUUGAAGAGUCAGCGCACGCGACGAAUCUUACGGGAGGACCAAGUGUGUGGGCUGUGCUAAGCGAGCUGUCUCUGCAGGAGAACGCACUCGGGGAUCAUGGUGUAGCUGCGCUACUACAUUGGUUGCGAACCUGGCAAAUUGGGUGCAAAGUCCUCAAGGUCUACGAUAAUGGAAUCGGAGACUACGGCGCCACUUUUGUGGCCCUGUUUCUCCGUGCACAAGCGCAAGGCUUCGUUGCAGAUCCCCUCAUUGCGCAAGGGCCGAGAUAUCCGCUGCUGAUGGAACAGGAGACUGACAGGAAUGUUUCAAGUACUAAUGGUCUGAGCCGCUGCGCGCCCCGUCCAAUCAGCGGCCGACUUCGUGAGGCAGAACGUGUUGGCAGUUCAAAGGAUGAGACUGAUGCGGACCAUCCUACAAAUGCAAGCUUGCAGAGCCAGAGGAGCGCUAUAAGCCGCGCCCUCUCGCAGCCGACCCCGCCGUACCUUCUGACGGAACUCCAUUUGUCCAAGAAUAAAAUCACUGAAGACGGCUGCGUCGUCAUCUUUGAAUGCUUGGCCGACUGCGCCGACGUUUACCCACUUCGUGUGCCAGAGAAACGGGGACCAAAGGGCCGCGGAAAGGAGAGCAGGAAGAGCAGAGGUGACACUCUCGCUCGAAAGCCGCUGUGGCUACGACUUGACCAGAAUCUUAUCGGAAACCUUCAGCAAGAAGGAGUAGACUUCGUGAAGAGUGUGACAGCAGAGUACUGCCUUCCUCGUGCAGCGGCAGCAGUGCUCGCUCUUGGUGGUCUCAAGCCCGCUGAGUCGGACACUGUGUUGGGAUCCAAGGCGGAGCGGUGUCAUUUAUGGAGUGGCGGCGCCGCUUCGCAUGUAACUUCUACUGGCUCGACGCGACCGGCAUUAGCGGGAAGGGAUCUUUGUUGGACCCAAGGGUGCACUACAGCCAGCAACAUCAAACUACCACAGCUUUUUCGUGUUAUCUACUCAAAAAGCGAACCGGGACGGAACUUCAAGACCGUAGACCCGCAGUGCUCGGCACGCAGAGCAGUUAGCCACGCAAUCGAACUCAAAGCGAAAGGCCCGAUAGUGAGCAUGGCAGAUGGUGUGGAAGAGAAAGAUAAUGCAGAA